AUGUACACCGAUCUCGCCGCACCAUCUUCGCCGCGCACGGCGCCGUCAGCCGACCAGGUCGCCGCCGCGUCGUCUGCUCCUCCGCUGACCUCAUGCCUCCAGUUCCUUCCCCGUCCCCGUCGCCCCUUCUCUCGAGCCGCCGGCUGGUGCUCUCUGUUCCCCCGGGUCGUCCACUCCGCGCCGUCGAUUCGAACCAGGAGCGGCACGGGUAGAGGCGCAGGGCGAGGAGCGUCCGCCGGAGGUGCUCGAUGCCCCCCUUCUACAUCCAUUGUAGGCGCUCCUCCGUCGCUCCCCCCCUCCAUCGUCAGGAGGGGCUCGGCUGCAGUUCUACUCCAGGCUCCGCAUCCAAGCAGUUGCCACCGAUGGGAAUACAGCCAGUGGACAGGUUUUGCUUGUCAGCGACCGGAACAAGAACAAGUCAAUGCUUAUCUGUUCUUGAUUGGAUUACGUAUUUUGCGCACUUUGUUGGUGCCAUCUUCCUUGAGGCGAGAGUUGAUAAUGACAUAUUGCCUUGAACGUCCUACAAGGAAGUUGCUCCUGAUGCCUGUAAAACCUUUUGAACCUAAUAAAUCAUGCUAUGUAUGCUCUGAGGGAAGUUUGAUGAGGAGAAAGAGACUGACAGAAUGGUUUUAUCUGGAUGGUCUGCUCCGGAGGAGAAACAGAUUAACAACAAUGGGGAGAACAAAUAGAUAGCUUCUUCAUCCUGUGCACAUGCCACUGAUGACACUAUUGAGGAUCCAUCGACUAAACCUUGGAUGAAGCGCAAGCUGGGUGAACUAUUGAAAAUAAGGGAAACCUGUGAUGCAUCCAGUAGUGCUUAGUUGUUUGGUCCGGCAACUCUAGUUGAUAUGUGGUCUCAGAUUGUCUAUGCUGAUUCAAGUGUUCUAGCAAUUUACCAACUUAAGCUAGCCUUUCUUUGAAUUUAUGGCCAGUAUGAAUACGAUCAUUUAUUAUUAAUAUGAUUUUUUACGGAUUUAUGAAUUA